CCGACUACGUCUGCUGUCACAUCUCCAUGGCAAUACGGCUCCUCCCUGCCAUCCCCCUCGGAGACGGGGUCUACCUGGUUCCCAUGGAAACGACGGCCUCAGUGGCGAUGUCAAAUACAGACCAGCACCAGAACCAGCAGAGCGAUGAGAGGGACCUGUGGACUUUGUUCUUCCCCCGCCAGGAGCAGCGUCUGCUGGGCUGGCUCCGUGGCCGCUCACCACAGCCCUCCUGCCACCUCAAGGUGCUCCAGCUGACCAAGGCUCUGCGUGACCUGGGUGGCCAGGCGCUGGACAGCCACCGGGGGGCGCUCUGGAGGUCAGUCCUCUCCUCCUACACGCUGAAGACGGCCUGGCUGCGUCUGCUACUCAGCUCUCCUGCAGAGGCCUGGGAGGAUCGCCACCUGGUGGCCAGGAUGGAGGAGCUGGUCCGCAGCCUGAGGGAGAGCCUCCAGAACCGGGCUCUGGAUCACCUCUUCCUGGGGAGCGACAGCAGCUCCAUCUUACCUGACUCUGUGGCUCUACCUAAGUUGGUCAAGGAGGCGGUGGGAGCUCCAGUGGAGGGGGGUUCGACGGGGAACCUCUGGGCAGGUGUGGACCCGGCCUCGUUGGACCUAGUGUCUGGCCGGUUGGCGUAUGCCUGGAGCCAUCUCCACCGGCUGAUCAGGUUGGGCCGACCCCAGAGGAGUAGCUUGGGGCUGGGCAGGACAGGCAAUAUAAACUGCCAGCAUCUGCAACCUGGAGAAUAACACACUUAACGGAGGUUCACAGCUCGUAUCCUCCAACAACGAGUCAAACAGACAGAUACAUAGAGGUUCACAGCUCGUAUCCUCCAACAACGAGUCAAACAGACAGAUACAUAGAGGUUCACAGCUCGUAUCCUCCAACAACGAGUCAAACAGACAGAUACAUAGAGGUUCACAGCUCGUAUCCUCCAACAACGAGUCAAACAGACA